AUGGCUUCUUGUCUUUCUCCUCCCAUCUACACUCCCUCCAGUCCCACAAUCCAAUGCACUCCUUUCCUCCUCUGUCGUUACUCCCCCAAUCACUUCUUCUCUUUUACUGCUCAUCUUCACCGUUCAUCCCUACUGUUUCCCACUAGACCCAAUUCAUGGUAUCGCCGGUGCCGCGCAGCUAGUCCUGGUCCUCCGUCGCCGCCGGAAUCUGAUCCACCGACCGGAGACGAACCAACUUCGUCUUCAGGUCAGUUCGAUGACUCUAGGCCUCCCUAGGAACAAAAAUCAAAUGUUGCUGAGGUCCUCUGAAGCUCAGUUUUCACCAUCCUCUGCUGUUCUUGAAACAGGUAAUGCAGCAACUUUCUCUACAUUUCAAGACACUCUGCAGAUCUUAUUUGCUGUUCUGUUCUGGAUGUCCUUAUUUUUCUGGGCUUCUGCAUGGGAUGGGAGGAACAAUGGUGGAUCAAACAAAGGAUCUCGAUUUAGAUGAUGACUUUGUACGCAUUUGUUCUUGUAAAUAAUAAUCAAAGAAGAGUGUGUAUCAAAAUAAGUGGAGUAGAAUAGAUAUAUACGUAAAAGAUCUACAUGCUCUAUAUGAACAUCUCAUAUAGAUGAUCCUUGUUUCUUAUAUGAUGUUCAUUUUACUUUUUGAACCAUUUUCUGUAACAUUUUGGGACAUUAUUUGUCAGG